AUGAAAUGGUACGCGAAAUGGCACUCAAAAUUGCUCAAAGAUUUUAUAUUGAAAAUUUCAAAGCAUCUCACCCAUGGAUUUCACGCUUUAAGGAAGAGUAUGGAAGGAGAUAAAGAGCAUCCGUUGGUAAUCGGAAAAUUCAAAAAUCCUCAUGGUUUUAAAAAUAUUAAUAUGAAUAAUCUUGGGAUUCAAUAUGCAAAUAGCAAUAAAUCUUGGAUGACCAGUUUAAUUUUUAAAAACUGGGUUGAACGGUUAAAUUCCAAAAUGAGUGUGGAAAAUAGAAAGAUUUUGCUUCUUUUAUAUAAUGCGCCAGUUCACUAUUUUGAUGGCGAAUUCAGUAAUAUCGAGUUGUAUUUUCUUCCUCCAAAGACAACAUCUAAGAUUCAACCAAUUGAUCAAGGGAUUGUGCAUUCAUUUAAAUCGUUGUAUAAAAAAGGAAUGACUAGAAAUUUGAGUAUGGGAACAAAUAUAGGAACAUUGUCAUAUACAGAUGAACUUACCAAAUUCAAAUUAGUGAAUGCUCUACCUUUAAUUAUUGAGGCUUGGAACGAAGUCACAGUGGACACUAUCAAAAAUUGCUUCAACAAGGCAUUAAAUAAUUGGGCGAAGAUAGAUGAAAAAAUACUUGAAGAAUCCACUGACGAAAAAGGUAUUAAAUUUAAAUCACCUUACAAUUAG